AUGUCGCUUCCCUCCCGCGAAACAGAAAUGAGAGCGUCAGCUGACGCGGCCUCAAACUUCGCCGACGCCUACUACGAAGCCCUCAACCGCCGCAAGCCUGCCGGCACCCUCUCAAACUUCUACACGACAACCUGCUCCAAAUACCCCUCACCACCCGACAUCUCCAUCAACGGCGCCGUCCUGCAGGGCGGGCCCGACGAGUACAUUGCCCUCCUCGAUACCCAAGGCGCUGACGUGCGCUACGAGAUCGAGGCGCUCGACGCCCACGUCAUCAACAACGACUUCUCGCUCGGCUGUCCCGAGCAUCUGCAGCGCGGCGACGAGAAGGGUGCCAAGUGCAGCAUCGCCGCGCAGGUCACCGGCCGCGUCUACUACGGCAAGGGCCGCGACGCGCCGGCCAAGACGUUCAACGAGGUCUUUGUGCUGGUGCCGAACUGGGAUACUUUUGGAAAGAACCCGCCGAGAGGCGCUAGGCGGUGGUUGAUCAUGAGCCAAAACUUCCGCGCAUUGUGA